AUGGGCGUCCAAAGAGAAAUCCUCCGAAUGGGCAACGGCAAAGACCACCCCAAGCCCGGCGACCCGGUCGAACUCAACUACACGGGCUAUCUGUACGAUGAAUCGAACCCGGAUCACCAUAAAGGGAAGGAAUUCGACAGCUCGAAGAGACAGGGCCCACUGAAAGCGACUAUCGGGACGGGCGAUGUCAUUCGGGGCUGGGACGAGGGCGUUCCGCAGAUGACUCUUGGGGAGAAGGCUAUAUUGACGAUGAGUGGGGAUUAUGCGUAUGGAGAGAAGGGCUUUCCGGGGCUGAUUCCGCCGAAUGCUUCUCUUGUGUUUGAGGUCGAGCUUCUCAAGAUUAGAAACCAGUGUAUUUGA